CUAUUGCCUCCUUUGGGCCCUUUUCUCCAGGUGCUGAAUUGCAGCCUGAUAGUUGACGUGCUGGAGAAGUAUUAUUUGUCCCCUUUCUAUGCCAUUGAGUUCUGCAUCGGUUUUCCCGGCAACCUCUUGGUCGUGCUCGGCUAUUUGUUCUGCCUGCCCGUCUGGCAGAGCUUCAACAUCUACCUCUUCAACCUGGCGGUGUCCGACCUCCUCUUCCUCUGCACGCUGCCACGCCUCUCCUACCUCUAUGCAAACGACCAAGCGACAACCAGUCCGGUCGCCUGCGUCAUCAACCGCUACGUCCUGCACGUCAACCUCUACUCCUCCAUCCUCUUCAUGGUCUGGCUCAGCAUGGACCGCUUCCUGCUCAUCAAGCAUCCGACGCGGGACCACUACCUGCUGAGGCCCCGGACGGCCCUGCUGGUGACGGGGCUGAGCUGGCUGGCCGUCAAUGUGCAGGUGGCUCCGAUGAUAGCGCUGAUGGUUCAGGACCUGCGGAGUAAAAACUUGAGUCACUGCAAUGAUUUUGCCAGCCUGAAAGGAGACGUUGACCCAUUUGGAUACAGCCUGGGGCUCACCGUGACCGGUUACAUCCUUCCCCUGCUGGCACUGUGCGGUUUCUCCUACCAAAUCGCACGUCUGCUCCAUGCCCAAGAAAGGGCUCUGGAGCACAGGGCCACAUCGUACAAGCGGGCUCUCAGGGUCGUUGCCUCGGCGGCGGCCAUGUUUCUGGUUCUCUACACUCCGUACCACGUGCUGAGAAACAUUACGAUAGCAUCGCGGAAGCCCUGGGCCGGGGGGGAGCUCUGCACGUGGAUGUACGUGCAAGGCCUGUACAUCUUGACCCGACCGCUGGCCUUCAUGCACAGCGUCAUCAACCCCGUCUUCUACUUCCUCAUGGGUGACAAGUUCAGGCAGCUUCUGUUUGCUAAGCUCAGGAAGCUGCUCAUAAAGACAGCAGGGCAAACACCACCAGCCUGACAAGGUCCCUGCGUGAACAGGUAUCGCACGUCCACACAUGUGAAACAGCUCCGUCUUUACAUUUCAUGUUUUAUAAAAAUGUCGCUUAUAUGCUUUCCUUUGUUUCAUUUUGUACAAUGUUUUCAUAGAUAUAGACAAAUCUAUCAAAAAUAUUGUCAAACUGUGUGUUAUUAUUGAUAUUGAGAGAUGUUUUUAGUGACUAUUAUUUAUAAUGUUGUAUUGUAUUGACCUCACUUUAUUCUUUGUAACUUGAUUUAAAAAAAUUCAUUCAUUUCUUUCAAUGUUUUUUUAACGUCAUGCAUUGAAAGGUCAGUCCCUGUUACUGUUUUAAUAUUAAAGCUCAGUUUAUAUCUGUUUCUGUACUUAUAUUAGUUCUGAAUGGAAUAAAAUAUACCUUUACUUAUAACUGGCUCUUUCUCAUUUUACUAACGAUGACAAAUAUCAACUGUAAUUUUCUGUAAUUUUUUUUAAAACACAUUUUAUGUUUCAACGUUGGCUAAAGCAGUAGCUUCCUCUCA